AUGGAGAAGUUUUUAAAUGCUUGGAACAAAUCUUUAUCAGAUUAUCCACCUAUGCCAAUGCCAGAUGAAAACAACGAUUGGUUUUCUGGUAACAGGUUGUUGUUCGAGGAGAUGUCAUAUGAUACGGAAGCUCUAUUGCAUCAACAUAAUUCGUUGCAUCCGAAACUAACUGAUGAGCAGUUAGUCAUAUACAAUAAGGUGAUGGCAGAUGUUGAAAUUGAGAAAGGUGGAAUGUAUUUCGUUUAUGGUUAUGGUGGGACAGGAAAAACAUUUUUGUGGAAGACAAUUUCAGCAGCUGUACGGUCCAAGGGCGAGAUAGUUCUAAAUGUAGCAUCAAGCGGUAUAGCUUCAUUGCUGCUACCUGGUGGUAGGACUGCAAACUCCAGGUUUGCUAUACCAAUUGCUGUUAAUGAAGAUUCCACUUGCAACAUCAAGCAAGGCAGUCCACUUGCUGAAUUGAUAAUCAAAUGCAAAUUAAUAAUUUGGGAUGAAGCUCCGAUGAUGCACAAACAUUGUUUUGAAGUAUUGGACCGAACAAUGAGAGAUUUAAUGCGUUUCAAGAAUUCAAGGAGCUCAACAAUGACAUUUGGCGGGAAAACAGUGGUGUUGGGUGGAGACUUUAGACAAAUUCUACCCAUUAUUCCAAAAGGUACUAGACAAGAUAUAGUGCAAGCCAGUAUUAAUUCAUCUUACCUGUGGAAUAAUUGUGAAGUUCUUCAUCUAACCAAGAAUUUAAGAUUGCGAGGUCUUACUAAUGAAGACGAUGUUGAGAAGUUAGAUAGUUUUGCCAAAUGGAUUGCGGAUUUAGGUGAUGGUAAUCUUGGUGAAGACAAUGGUGUUGAUUGCAAUAUAAUGAUACCGUCUUCAAUUGUAUUAGAAAACGAGGUUGAUCCUAUUAGACAAAUUGUUGAAAGCACAUUUCCUGAAUACCGUUCUGGGAACAUAGAUGAAAGACAACUGGAGAAUAGAGCUAUAUUAGCUCCAACAUUAGAUGUUGUUGAUGAGGUCAAUGAAUACAUGAAUGGUAUUAAUCAAGAUGCUUCAAUGACAUACUGGAGUUGUGAUUCUGUUUGCAAGGCAGAGUCAAACUUGGAUAUGCAAUCUCAAGUACACACAAUAGAAUUUUUAAAUAGCUUGAGGUGUUCAGGUGUACCAAACCACUCUCUAACGCUGAAAGUUGGAACUCCGGUUAUGCUGUUGAGAAAUAUAGAUCACUCGAUGGGGUUGUGCAAUGGUACAAGGUUAAUAGUAACACAAUUGGGAAAUCAUGUUAUUGAGGGACAAAUCAUAGCUGGGAAUAACGCAGGUACCAAGGUUUUGAUACCAAGACUAUCUUUGACUCCUUCAGACCCAAGACUUCCAUUCAAGUUUCAAAGAAAGCAGUUCCCACUGAUGUUAUCAUAUGCAAUGACAAUCAACAAAAGUCAAGGUCAGACGCUUUCACAUGUUGGUUUGUUACUGAAAAAACCUAUUUUUAAACAUGGCCAAUUGUAUGUUGUAGUUUCUCGGGUCAGUAAUCCAGAUGGUCUUAAGGUCUUAAUAUGUGGGGAGUCUAGAGGUCUUUUAAAUAAGACUGAAAAUGUAGUUUAG